AUGCUUUACGGGCGCCGGAAAAAGAUUGUUAACUUGCUCUUACAAGUGUCGAGGAUCGCCCCAUACUCUGGAGUAUAUCGUGUCCAAUCAACAGCGCAUCUGGUUGACGUAGCUCGCGGAAUUAUAGGGCACCUAAAGAAACUCUGCAACAUACUCCUCAACCUCAACUGGUUAGCGGUUCGCGAGGAGCACUACUCACUCGAGAAUGAUUCGUGUCACAUAUUGCGACAGCCCCAUCUGGAAGUACCCAUCAUUAACGAGUUGAAAGUACGAAAAAUGUCCGAGCUCUAUGAACACCUCCUAUGUCUUCAUCGAAUCGAUCGCCUCAUGUCCGCAUAUGUGGACGUGAACAUUUUUGAAAAAUAUUUUAAAGCUGUUACCAAGCAUCGAUAGGAAUGAUAUACUAGCAAUCUGAUCCUCAAACUCACUUCAGUCUCCCGUCAAGAGCAGUAAACUGAAGGCGAACGUCAUAAGUUGAUAAAUUUAUAUGUUUGCAAUCAAGAUCAAAACAAAAUUUAUUAUAUACUAGU